GAAAAAAGGCAGUAGUACUUCGAAAGGGAAAAGCCAAGAUUCUUUCAAAUAAAAAACUGUGUCUGGAAGUGGAAGGUACUCCUAACAAUAACAUCAGACCCUCCAACAACAACAACAAUGCUCACGAGACACUGUCCCUUGAUCCAAUAGAGAAUCUCAUUGGCAAUGGGAAUCGCAAUCAUGGAAAAGAAGCAGCAUUCCCAUUCUACGUUUCUGUUUCUUCUUGUGUUUCUCUCCAUAACAAGAGUUCAGAGCCAUGUCUCAGCUGUGGGAGACCCAGGAAUGAAGAGAGAUGGUUUGAGAGUGGGAUUUGAAGGUUGGAACUUCUGCAAUGAAGUUGGACAAGAAGCACCUCUCAUGGGUAGUCCUAGAGCUGCUGAUUGCUUUGAUCUUUCAGAUUCUGGGAAACUGAUACACAAGGUUACAGAAGCUGAUAACAAACUUGGGGUUGGGCAACCAUUUGAUGGUGUUAGGCCACAAGAUAUCAACAACACUGACAUUUAUGCAGCUAAGAAGGAGCUCUAUCUAGGUUCUUUAUGUGAGGUUAAGGACACACCAAAUCCAUGGCAAUUUUGGAUGAUAAUGCUCAAGAAUGGAAACUAUGACACCAAGUCUGGCCUGUGUCCUCAAAAUGGUAAGAAGGUACCGCCUUUCGAUAGCCCCGGCCGGUUCCCCUGCUUUGGCAAAGGGUGCAUGAACCAACCAAUCUUGUGCCAUCAACAGACACAGAUCAAAGAGGGCACAAUGAGUGGAGGGUUCAGUGGUUCUUAUGAUUUGGGUUUUGAUUGUGAUGAUGAUGGAUAUGAUGGUCUUUCUUACUAUGAAGUGAUUUGGGAGAAGAAGGUCAGUGUUGGGAGUUGGGUGUUCAAACAUAAGCUCAAGACUUCAAAGAAGUACCCUUGGUUGAUGCUUUACCUUAGAGCUGAUGCAACAAAAGGAUUUUCUGGUGGUUACCAUUAUGAUACAAGAGGAAUGCUCAAAAUUCUUCCGGAGUCACCAAAUUUCAAAGUGAGGUUAACCUUAGACAUCAAGCUUGGUGGAGGAGCCAAGAGCCAAUUCUACCUCCUUGACAUUGGAAGUUGCUGGAAGAAUAAUGGUGCACCUUGUGAUGGUGAUGUACUCAGUGAUGUAACUAGAUACAGUGAGAUGAUCAUCAACCCUGAAACCCCAGCAUGGUGCAGCCCAACAGGGCAAAGAAAUUGCCCACCAUAUCAUAUAACACCAGAAGAUAGAAAAAUUUACAGGAAUGACACUGAUAAUUUCCCUUACUCUGCUUACCACUAUUAUUGUGCACCAGGGAAUGCUAAACAUUUGGAGCAUGAAGUGGAUACUUGUGACCCAUAUAGUAAUCCUCAGGCACAAGAGAUAGUUCAGUUGCUACCUCACCCUAUUUGGGGUCAGUAUGGGUAUCCUACUAAAAAGGGUGAUGGUUGGGUUGGAGAUGCAAGGACAUGGGAGCUUGAUGUUGGUGCCUUGUCUAGUAGGCUUUACUUCUAUCAGGAUCCAGGCACUCCUCCAGCUAAAAGAAAAUGGACAUCACUUGAUAGUGGUACUGAGAUAUUUGUUAGUGACAGCGAUGAAGUUGCUGAGUGGACUCUAAGUGACUUUGACGUCAUUAUAACACCACCAACCAUCGACGAUGAGGAUAAGCUCCAGCUAUAUUAGAACUAUUACACUAGCUACAUUAUAUUAUAUAAUUUAUUCCUUAAUUAUUAAAUAUGUGUAUUGUUAAUUUCAUCAAUUUAGUUUU